GCGUCGACGUGGUAACGUUUGAGUAUUUCGAAAUAGCAGGUGUCGUUUGUGACGGAAACUGCGCCUGAAUAUGCCAUAUACCGAAGAAUACAUUAAAAACAAAUUAACCGAAGAACUGAAAGCUUCGCACGUGGAAGUAGUAGAUCAAUCUGAUGGUUGUGGUGCUAAGUUUUCAGUAAUUGUUGUUUCUGAUAUGUUCCACGGAAAACCGUUAUUGCAACGUCACAGGCUUGUAAACACGAUCCUGGAAGAAGAACUGAAGACAAUUCACGCUUUUUCGCAAAAAACGUUAACUCCAGAGCAGUGGGAGAAAAUGAGAACUUGAUUAUAUUAUCUCUUAUAGAUAUUUUCGUAUAUGUAUUGAAUUAGCAAUCCUCAAGUUUUUACACAACUUUUAAUUUAUAUCACAAGCAAGCUAAUUUAUAUCAAAAGCAAGAUAAAUAUCAACUGGAUCAUCUUCAUUGACAUCAAAUAAUUUUCAAAGCUUGUUGAAA